AUGGAUGGGCAGAUGAAGAGAAAAGAUUCCGUGUCACCGGAUAGCAUAACUAGGAGGAAAAUAAGUGGCGAUAUUAAUUAUAACAACAGUAAUAAUAAUAAUAAUAACAACAACAACAAUAAUAUUAAUAAUAACAAUAGUAUAAAUAGUAGUAGCAGUAGUAGCGUCGUUGUUGGCAUUGGUAGGAAAGUAUCGUUCAGAUCCGAAUUAAAAAUUUCCGUUUCAAGGAAGCAGUUGACGUCACCGCCGCCACCACCGGCGACAACAACAUUGGUAGCAGCAGCAGCAGCAACUUCAUCAGCUUCAUCCCCAACACCGACAAGAUCAUCAUUAUCAGUAUCGAAUUCAACAUCGACAACACCACCAGCUACUCCAAGAUUGUUGCUAGCUUUCCCGCAGUACAAUCCUUAUCUCAUCAACAACAACAUCAACAACAACGUCAACAACAAGAUCGUCAGCAGAAAAUCAACUCAUAACAAACACAGAAUGAAAAAUCAACUCAGUUACGUUGAGAGUAGCGUUGGUGGUGCUAGCAACAACAACAACAUCAACAAAAACAACAACAACAGCAACUUCAACAACAUCAUCAACAACAACAUCAACAACAACAACAAAAAUUACCUCAAUUAUAACAGCAGCGCUUCAAACGUUUAUAUCCGGAAUGAUAGGCCAGAUGACAAUGAAACAGUUCACAAUAAUAAUAUUAAUAAUAACAACAACAACAAUAACAACAACAACAACAACAAUAAUAAUAAUAAUAACGUUAAUAUUAAUAACAAUUAUGGUUAUUAUCAGCCCUUGGAUUUUGAUAAAAUUUUGAACUCCAAAAGGAUAAACAAUGACGUCAUCAUAGGCGGUGUCAACAUCAAUUACAAAAACAACAACAACAACAACAACAACAACAACAUUAGCAUCAACAACAACAUCAACAACAUCAACAUCAACAACAUCAACAACAACUACAUCAACACGGCAUCGUCACAUCAAUACAGACCGCAAAAUAAUUCUUGCAGUUACACACCAGAACCUGGCUAUCAUCACUUCAACCCAAAAUUUCUAUUCAACGACAACAACAAUGACAUUAAUAACACUAAUAAUGACAACAAUAACCACAAUACUAAUGACAUUAAUAAUAGAAAUGACCGUUCAAAUGCUGCAAUGCGCUCAAAUCCAUUAGCAGUUCAGGGAUAUAAGUUAAUAAUGACAUCAUUACAUGACAUCAACAACAACAACAGCAAUAAUAACAUCAUCAACAACAACAACAAUGUCAACAAUAACAUCAACAACAACAACGUCAACAACAACAACAUUAACAACAGCAUCAACGUUUCAAAUGAAAAUUUUAACUAUAGCAAACCGCCAAGAGCCAAGUCCCCGAUUAAGAAAAACAAAAAACAAACUUCAACAAAAACAUCAACAGCAACAACUACUACAACUACUGCUACUACUGCUGCUGCUACUGCUACCACCACUACUAUUACUACUGAUACAAGAAAAUCAUCAACAACCCCAACUACGGCAAAUAUAAACAGAACUGUGCUAAACAGCAACAAAACAUUCACAAACAACAACAACACAGAUUUAAGCACAAGCCUAAGUAUCAACAACGACACAACAAUCAACAAACCACCAAUAAAAAUCAACAACAACGCCAACAACAACAACAACAACAACAGCAGCAACAUCAACAAAUGUGACACAACAACUAAGACACCUAAUAAAAGAUUGAGUAUUAGCAGUAACGAUUUGAAACUUGAUCAAGAAUUUGAUGAUGGUAACUUUACAAUUACAAAUCUAAACAACGAUAACUUAUACGAUUUCAGCGGUAACAGUAAACGAAACAGCAGUAUCAGGAGUGGCAAAUCAUCAGAGAUGGCUCGGAGUACUGACGACUUGUUUCAGGAUAGCAAGGCACAAAUUAGGAAGCAUGCAUCGGCACUUGAUUACGAAAGUGCAGACGCCUUGGAAAAACCCAAGAAGUUUCAACCAGACAGCUGUUCCCUCAAGCCCGGGAGUUCCACACUUUCGAUUUCAAAGGCCUCAAAUUGGUUCCUCAGAAAAUACGUUGAAAGACAGGAGAGCAAAAUAAAUUCGCGCAAGAAGAGCGUCAGCUGCAGGGAUCUGGGCGGCGUGGAUUGCGAAGGAUGGCUGUGGAAAAAGCAGGAUAAGUCAGUGAUGAAGAAGACGAAGUGGAAGAUUUGGUGGUGUGUCUUGGAGAAGAAGAAAUUGAAUUUCUAUAAAGAUGAGAAGGUAGUUGAAGUUGAUGUCGUUAUUUCAUCUGCUGCUAAAGCUGCUGCUGUAGAGGAAGCUGUUGGUGUUGAAGCUGCCGAUGUUGAAGCUGCUGUUACGGGAGCUGCUGAUGCUCCUAAUAUUGUCGUCGUCGUUGAUGCUGUGAGAUGA